AUGGCUAUCUCGAGAUGGACGCUGUUAGGCAUCGUCCUUCUCCUCCUGCUUUCAGGCUCCUUAGCGAAAGGGGGCGGAGGAGGCGGCGGGAAGGGGAAAAGCAGUGGGAAUGCUAAAAAAGGCGGGGCCAGCAAGGGAGCAGGGAAGGGCAAGGGCGGCAAACUGCUUGGCUUCUUUGGCGGCCGAACCCGCGUUCUCGGCUCGGUGCAAGCGAAGCUACAAGGAAAAUUCGUGGUGGACGAUAUGGGCGCCAGCGCGGGUGCCCGAAACGCGAUUGGCACACUGACUCUGGUUUCACUUAGCAACGGAACCAUCACAUUCUCAGCGCGACUUGAACUCUCCCAGCCCGAGCUCCCUUCCUCCAUCUCCAUCAACACAGCCGCCAAGGGCGCCACGGGUGACGUCCUUAUUGACCUCUCAUCUGAUGCCACGUGGCAGAACGUUACUGACAUGGUAACUGUGCUGCAUGCCAACCGCAUGCUCGCUCACUCCCAUCCCAUGACCGGCCACCACAGCUGA